AUUUGGUUUCAGCCAGCCGCAGUAACUUGUUGCCAUGAGGAAAACAACCUGCCCUUUCCUGGCGGGCCGGGGAAGGAGCGCAGCCCUGUGAAGUGCUGCCGCCCAAGGUGCGAAGGGGGCAGUGAUGGUAGCUGGGCAGAGCACGGAGGAGCUGAGCCAGCAGAGCCGGGCGAUGGGAGCAGGCGAGGAUGAGGAGCGCGGCCGCUGCCGGCUCCCGGCCGCGGCAGGUUGUGGAACAUUCACCUUUCUAUCUUCUUCCAUUGCUGCUGUAAGUGGACUUCUGAUGGGUUAUGAGUUGGGCCUUAUCUCUGGAGCUCUUCUUCAGAUGAGCAGCAUUUUAACACUCUCUUGCAAAGAGCAGGAAGUCGUUGUAAGUUCCUUGCUUUUUGGGGCCUUAUUUGCAUCCCUUACUGGUGGAUUCCUUAUAGACAGAUUUGGAAGGAGACUUGCUAUCAUUAUUGCAUCUUCUUUACUUGUGGUGGGCAGUCUGAUUUUGCUGCCCUAUGAAUCAUACGAGAUACUCAUUGUGGGCCGGAUUGCCAUAGGUGUUUCCAUAUCAUUAUCAUCAAUUGCAACGUGUGUGUACAUCGCUGAGAUCGCCCCGCAGCACAGAAGAGGCCUCCUGGUAUCAUUAAAUGAACUCAUGAUUGUGAUAGGCAUUCUCUUUGCCUAUAUUUCAAAUUAUGCAUUUGCCAGCAUGUCUCGUGGCUGGAAGUACAUGUUUGGCCUCGUGAUUCCAUUAGGUGCUUUGCAAGCUAUUGCCAUGUAUUUCCUGCCACCAAGCCCUCGGUUUCUUGUGAUGAAAAAUAAAGAUGAUGCGGCAAGAAAAGUACUGGAGAGGCUACGGGAAACAUCAGAUGCUACUAAAGAGCUUACUGUGAUUAAGUCUUCCCUGAAAGAUGAACAUCAGUAUAGUUUCUUGGACCUGUUUCGUUCAAAAAACAACAUGAGGGCCCGAAUGCUGGUAGGACUCACUCUGGUGUUUUUUGUGCAAACAACUGGGCAACCCAACAUUUUAUUUUAUGCAUCGACUGUUUUGAAGUCAGUUGGGUUCCAGAGCAAUGAGGCUGCCAGCUUGGCUUCUACUGGAGUUGGAGUGGUUAAAGUGGUCAGCACAGUCCCAGCCACGUUUUUUGUGGAUCGAGUUGGAAGUAAAACUUUUCUGUGUAUUGGCUCUUCUGUUAUGGCAAUAUCGUUGGUCACUAUGGGCAUAGUGAACCAUAACCUACAUGUGAAUUUCACCAAGGUCUGUAGAAGCCAGUCUCCAGAGGAUUUCUCUCUCCAGAGACCAGGAAACUUCACUGUCACCAAUGGGAGUCUCAAGGACCUCUUUGCUAACGUGGCUUCAACAGAAAGAUUGUUAUUUGAUGUACAAAGCCCAGAUGUUGCCAGGACAGGAGAACUGAACAGGACUGCCUUGGCAGGAAGCAAAAGCGCAACAGGGUCUCAUAUGGAAAGUGGGGAGGUUCCUGUUGUCCUGAAAUGGCUCUCACUGGCCAGCCUGCUUGUCUAUGUUGCUGCAUUUUCCAUAGGUCUUGGACCAAUGUCCUGGUUGGUCCUGAGUGAAAUUUUCCCUGGUGGGAUCAGAGGACGGGCCAUGGCUUUGACAUCUAGCAUGAACUGGGGUAUAAAUCUCCUCAUCUCCUUGACGUUUUUGACUGUAACUGAGCUCGUUGGCUUGUCCUGGGUGUGCUUCAUUUACACAAUAAUGAGUCUAGCAUCACUGGCUUUUGUUAUCAUGUUUAUACCAGAGACAAAAGGAUGCUCUUUGGAGCAAAUAUCCAUGGAACUAGCUAAACAGAAAUACGUGAGGACGCCUUUGUGCGGGGUGAGCCAGCGCAGGGAGAAACUGGUGCCGGUGGAACUUGGCAAGAGAGAGAAAGAGCAGCUCUACUAAACGAAGGACAAGCAAAGCAGCCUUCACCAAAAGACUGAUUAACAAAAGAAAAAUGCUCUGCGAUGCUCACACUCUUAUGGGACACGCGGUAUUGUUAUACACAAGAUAUUAUCUUUUUAUUUCUUGGUAGAACUUCUUUCAGUGGCAGUUUACAGCCAACAAUAAAGGUUGUUAUAGUUUAUAACUAA